AUGACCACCCCCCAAACCAAACCCCCCGCAACCCCAACCUACAUCCUCCGCGGCCACGCCGCCCAGAUCCACAGCCUGCACAUCUACCACCACAACCUGCGCUUAGUGUCCGGCGACGCUGACGGCUGGAUCGCCGUCUGGGAUCUGGUCUCGAAGCGGCCCGUCGCCGUGUGGAAGGCGCACGACGGCGCCGUUCUGGGUGUUCAUGCCCGGUUUCGGGGGGGUGGGAGUAGUGGGGUUACGGAGGUUUUUACACAUGGCCGCGAUCAUAAGCUAAGGGUGUGGCGGUUCAGCGUUGCUGAGGAGGUGGAUCUGCGGAGGGGAUUGCCGGUUGAUUCUCUUGGGGGGCAAGGUGGAGGGGCGGGCAGGCAGCCGUGGCUGGUGCACUCGCUGCCUGUGAACGCGUUGAACUUUUGUGCCUUUGCGUGGGUGGAUCUCGCUCCGCUGCUGUCUGUGUCUUUGGACGGAGAUGGGGGUGGGGAUGGAGGAGCGGAGGCCGAGCCUGAGCCUCCGUCCCGGGACAAUUCCCCCUCCCCCGUACUCAUCGCCGUCCCCAACGCCCUCAACUCCGGCGCUAUCGACCUGUUCCACCUCCCCACUGAGCGGCGCGUCUGCACCAUCCCCGCCGACGGCGACGUCAAGACCGGCAUGGUCAUGGCGCUGACCCUCUUUCCUGGCCCCGAGGGCCGGGACCUCCACGUCGCGGCCGCGUACGAGGACGGCAGCGUGAUGGUCUUCCGGUCUCCCGUCCCCCUCCAGGGUCUGGGUCCGCAGCAGCAGCAGCAGCAGCAGGGUCUUGCAGCGGGCACCUGGAAAUGGGAGAAGCUGUACGCGAGCCGCGCGCACGACCAGCCGGUGCUAUCGAUCGAUGCUGCUCCGUCUGGCGAGUGGAUGUUCUCGUCCGCGGCCGAUGCGAAGGUCGUUAUGCAUCCUUUUCUACCCAAAGGGUCCGUGGGUCCUGGGGGUAGAGGCCAGCCCGUCAAGGUGGUGAAGACGCGGCAUGCCGGGCAGCAGGGGCUGAGGGUGCGGUCCGAUGGGCGCAUCUUGGCGACGGCCGGGUGGGAUUCCAGGGUCCGGGUUUAUUCGUGUAAGACGCUGAAGGAGGUGGCGGUUUUGAAGUGGCAUAAGGAGGGGUGUUAUGCUGUUGCUUUUGCGGGGGUGGGGACGGGGGAUUGGGAUGGGGAGGAGGGUGAAGGUGAAGGUGACGGUGAAGGUGAAGGUGUUGGCUCCAGUGAGCGUACGCUUACAGGCCUUAACGGCAGAGGAGGCGGCCUGGCGGCCGUCCAUCGGCGACUACGCAAUCACAAAGUCCAGAAUACCCACUGGCUGGCGGCUGGGUCCAAGGAUGGGAAGAUCUCGUUGUGGGAUAUCUAUUGA